AUGGUUCUUCUCUCCAAAUGGUGGUGGCGUGCAUAUGGUGAAAGAGGUAGUAUGUGGAACAAAAUAAUGUCAGAAAAGUACGGUCCCCUUUGGCAUUAUGACUUAUCAAACAUAGACUUGAAGGUGUGCUCUCCAAUUGUUCAAAGCAUCAUAGGCAUCCAUGCGAAUCCUGUGGCGAGCAAGCUGGUUAAUCCUCAGAAUUUCAAAUGGAGGUUGGGAAAUGGAUCAAAGAUCUAUUUUUGGGAAGAUUGGUGGACUGAGGAUCAGCCGUUGUGCAGAAAAUUUCCGGGCCUCUACUCAGUGGCUUCUGUCCAUCACUUACUAGUAAAAGAUUUUCUGCAUUUAUGGCUCAAAUUUCCAGAUGAUCCCUUGGUAAAUAAUGAACUUUGGUUAGGCUCAUUGUCACAUGAUCAUCUCAACGAAUUGCAUGCUCUGAGCGUGAUCUUGCAAAACAUGAAUCUUCUUCACGGCAAUGACACUCUGUUAUGGCUACAAGGGGUGAAUCCUUUUACCACAAAAUCUUGUUAUGCUAUGUUAGAACCUCCUACGGCACUUAGUCAUCAACAAAGUUUUAUUUGGAGGCUUAUCUGGGCUAUGAAGGUCCCCCCGAAAAUUCAUGCCUUCCUUUGGAAAGUGCAAUGGAAUAUUUUACCCACAAGGGCUUUUAUUGGUAAUCGUAUUGAGGGUUCUAUCAAGGAAUGUCCCUGGUGCACGUCUUCCAUUGAAACAGUCGAUCAUUUACUAUGGCAAUGCCAAUUAGCUGUGUGGGGUUGGGGUUUCAUUAGCAAAUGGUGGAGUAUUCCAUGCCAGAAAUUGCAGAAUAAUAGCCCAUCUCUGGUUCAUAUUCUCACAUUUUUUAAGUCCACUCUACAAAACAAAAUCUGGCAAUUAGUUGCUGCGGCGGUAUUUUGGUCGAUUUGGUUGGCCCGAAAUGAACUAGUAUUCUCUGGUACUAAGAUCAGGAAGCAGCAAUUUUUGGAUUUAAUUUUCCUGAGAAUUAAUAAGUGGGGGAGUGUUGUCAGAUUAAUUGAUUUCGAGAAUGACCCACUUUGGAAGGUCAACCCCCAGGGUGCUAUCUCAGUUCAUCACUACAAAAUCUCAAGGGAAUUCUGGAGGUUUAAAGUAGAAUCUUAUGACUACAUCUGUGCAGUAGAUGGGGCUUAUGGUUUGAAUGAUCAGUGUAAGCUGGGAGGAGGGGUAGGCGGCUUCAUAUUAAAUAAGCAAGGCACCAAAGUAUUAAUUUUCUCUGGCCCAGUUCGUUCUCAUUGUGCUGCUGAAUCCGAGCUAGAAGGAAUGUUUUUAAUGUGUCGUUGGGUAAUUCGGUUGGGUUUGCACUCUCACAAAGUGGUUAUCUGCUCCGACUCUACGACAACUAUAAAUACACUCCAUAGCAGCACUGACUUGAGCUCAAUGUAUUCUUCCUGUGACCCCAUGUUGCAGCAUCUAAUUAAUGUAUCGAUCUUUAUUCAAUUUGUUCCGGGUUAUUUAAAUGAUGAUGCUGAUCUGUUGGCCAAACAAGGCCUUAUGAAAUCAAAGAUGUUUAGCUGGGUUCAUAACAGCUCCGCCUAA